UUGUUUUGAUGCCGGUCGAUUGAUACCGGCUGGUGGAUGCCAAUUUAUCUAAGAUUAUUCCUUUCAAACAAUAGGUUUAUAUAAACAGCUAACAACUGAGGAUGCAUUGAUCGUGUCUUAAGCUGUAUUAAGGACAUGGUUAUAAUGCUGCUAAAUCAGCCUUGGUACCAUGGCAAAGUCCACCUCAUGGUAGACUUGACAUAUGAUUUCUUGCAAAUCAUAGCUCUUCACAGCCAUAGUUUUGCAGUAAAAUUCGUCGGGAUGAUAAAGUGGUGUUGUCAUACAAAUCUAUUUCAAUAAUAUUUGAAUUUUUACCAUAUUUGCAGAGAAGCACCUCUAAAUGUACAAAAUCUUUUACAGAAAUCAAAAUAUCUACAUAUUAACAGACAAUAUUACGCUAUUUGGUCUAUAGAACAGGACUGGUCUAAGUUGCUAGUCUGAGUUUUCUAAAAUUACUGUUUACUGGUCUGUAAUGAAGUGCUCGGUGCCGUAUAGGCAGGGUUGUGCACGCUAUUUGGUAUAUAGAACAGGACGGUUCUAAGUUGCUAUUCUGAGUUUCGUUUCUAUACCUAGAACAUUCAAAUAUAUUAUUUUUGAUUGAAUACGACGCAUUAUUUGAAUACUGUUUUAUAACUUCACAAAAACCAUAUUGAUAGUUUUGGUUUUACCAAGUUUAUUUUUCCUUGAAAAGCUGUUUAUGCUUUCAUGUUUUGUAAUUCGUAAAUGUUAACGAUUCCAAAGGUUUUUUAUCUACAUGUUGAAUGGUUUCCUUGUAAUGAAUUCAUGAAGUAUUUUAUGAACUUUGUAUAAUCGGUCAAAACUAUCCCAAGAUCGCUGCAAAGAUUGAGUUAGGGCUUUAAGAUUUAUAGGACUAGCAAAGAAUUUUGUUUUUAUUCAUUUUUUGUCUGUUAUGUCAGCUGUAAUAAAGAUAAUUCUCGAUAAGAGUUACUGUGUCAGAUAUAAUGUUUCGGUCGAAUUGACGCAUUUUUAGGUCAUGGCGUGAACUUAAGCAUCCCAAAUUAAGGAGACUAACUAGAACGAGGGGCAAAUCACUCUAAAAAAAUCUCGUACACCCUUUGUGAAAAUCCUAUUGUUUUAUCUAAAAAUUUCCAGAAAUCCUUUUGUUUUAGGCAAAAUCUUGUACGCUAUUUGCAAGAGUGAAUCGCCCCUCAGACUAAAACGAUUUUUCCAAGGGGCAAACAAGCAAUUUUUUAACUUUUUUAUAGUACAUUUUUGGCAGUUUUAAAUGAGGGUUUAACAAUCAUGAUUUCUUUGCAAUACUAUCCUACUGUUAAUGAACAAAAGUGGCAACGAGAAAGAACAUAUAACUAGAGUGUCUGUAGAAAUAACAAGUUACCCGUAAAUAGUUUGCGCUUUUCGUUUACGAUCAAGCCAAUGCUUGUUCAGGGAAGAAAGACAAUUCAACCUGCCUCUCGUGUCGAUGUAGCUGUUAUGAAAAGUAACGAGAAGCGAUUUUCGGAAAUAUACUCGCACAAAUGGCGCCAAACAGAGGGAGCAAGGCGUUUUCGCUCUUUGUUAUUGCAUCAAUUUUGCUGUUAUCAGCAGUAGGAAAGGAAUUAGAAGGAGUAAUGAGUGAUGCUGACCAGGAUAGAUUGCGACAGAUAGUAUCACCACUUCAGUCUCGGAAAGAUGUACCUGGAAAGUCAGAUAAUAAAGCCCAGGCUUCAAAAGUCGUACCCGAUUCUCUUCCGCUAACGGCGGUUUUCAGUAGAAGCGAGAAUGCAUUUAUGCAUCUUAUCGACGCCAAUCGAGUGAGUGGAGUUGAACCAUAUCAAGGAGAUAUGCUGUUGGACAAAGUCGACAAGGAGCAAAUUAACCAAACGAGAGAGGACGAGAAGGCACGGAAAUCGCUUACACCAGAUGAAUACAAAAAAAGAAUGCAACAGAGCUCAAAGAAAAAUAUUGUGAGAAGAGCAGAGAAAUUAUGGGUAUCCAAAGUUAUUCCGUUUGAAAUUGACCAAAGUAGAGCUGCAGCUAGACCGAAAAUAGAGGAAGCCAUGAGAGAACUCGAAUCUGUCAGCUGUCUAAAAUUUCGCAACAGACAACCGCAAGACCGAAAUUGGAUAAGAAUAUACCAAGGAAUCGGGUGUUUCUCGGACAUUGGAAGAAGUUUUAUGGCCAACCGGGCAACUGAGCUUUCCCUCGGUCAAAUGUGUCUUUCUAAGAGUCUUAUUAUACACGAGCUUAUGCAUGCUCUUGGAUUUUUUCACGAGCAGAGUCGGAUAGACCGAGACAGUUUUGUCAACAUUUACAACGAAAACGUCAGGGCAGGAAUGGAAAGCAACUUUGAGAAAAUAGAGUCAUACGAAGCGGAUGUGCAGGACACAGAUUACGAUUUUGAUUCAAUCAUGCAAUAUGGCAAUACAGCCUUCACAACUAAUGGCAUGGACACGAUGAGAGACAAAUUUGAUUUGAACCAUCAGCUGGGUGGAAAGAACCUAAGCACUAUCGAUAUCAUUGAACUGAACAAAGCCUAUCAGUGUCACUCCAACAAGAAAAUCUGGAGUGACUGGGGCGCGUGGUCUCCUUGUAUGCUAGACUGGUCGCAGAAAUGUACACACAGUCGUCAGAGAUACUGCUUCUCGGAAGUGGAGGCGCAAUGUGGCAAGGCAGAUGAAUAUGGGGUCGAAACAAUAGAUGAAGUUUGCGAUGCAAAGGAAUGCGAACAAAAGGUGAACGGACACUGGGGUGCUUGGGCCAAUUGGGGCCAAUGCUCAACGUCAUGUGAUGAGGGUAAGCGGAAAAGAACCCGACAAUGCGAUAAUCCGAAGCCGGAGAAGGGUGGAACAACAUGCAAGGGAAAGGCUACGGAAGCAGACACCUGUAGACUCAUGAGAUGCCAUAAAGAACCAGAUGAUACAAAUUUUGAAGAUGGCUGGGGAAUGUGGGAGCAAGACAAAGACGACGACUUUGACUGGGAACUAAGAACCGGGGGCACACCCACACUUAUGACCGGACCAGAUAAGGAUCAUACAACCGGGGACGGCUACUACGCAUACAUCGAAGGCUCACCGCCUCGUUAUCCCGACGAGGUAGCCCGGCUUGUCAGCAAGGAGUUUUACCCAAGUUUCGACGAGCAUUGCUUUACAUUCUAUUACCUGAUGAAUGGAAAGCAUGUUGGAUACUUGGAUCUUCAUGUAAAAUCGAAGUCGAACAAAAUUAUCGAUCUGUUCAGGAAAAAUGGCCAUCAAGGACCCGACUGGCUAAACGCAGCCGUGAAUAUACCUGACAUGAAAGAACCUUUCAGGUUGAUUUUUGAAGCAAAAAGAGGUAACGGCGAACUGUCUGACAUAGCCAUAGACGAUCUUUACUUCGACGAAAGACGUUGUUUGCUUCAUGAACAAGGUUGUCAAGAUCACAACCCGAGCUGCGGAGACUGGACUGCAGUUGGUGAAUGCCAGUUGAACAAAGCAUGGAUGAAGAAGCACUGCUGUAAAUCAUGUUAUGAUAUUGGAGAAUGCACCAACAAGCACCAGAAAUGCAAGUAUUGGGCAAAGAGAGCACAGUGUGUGGCAAACAAAGAAUGGAUGUGGAAAAACUGCUGUCGCUCCUGUCGCAAAUGUCAAAACACGCAUCCAGACUGUGAGCCAUGGAGUGAAUCCGGGGAAUGCAAGAACAAUCCAAAAUGGAUGGCAGAGAACUGUCCUGCAAGUUGUAAAUCGUGUAACCUUCCAAUGGCAUAAUAUGAUUAGUUCGCUUGUUUUUCUGUAAAUUAAAAAUGCAUAGAAAUUCUAGCAUGUCAAGUGGAUUAUUUAAUUGUAGAUUCAACUAUGUUGAUUAUAUUAAAUUAUAAGUCAACAGUAGCUAUUACUUUAAUGGAAUUAAAAUUCUAUCACAAGUAAACGGAUGAUGAAACUACAAUUUUGCAUAAUUUUAGCUAAAAUUUUGUGCAUAAAUCCUUACGUAACCUAAUUUGUCUUAGUGACUGUUUGCAAAAUUUGUAACUUCCUUAAUCAAUGCCUGUUUUAAAGAAAUAUACAGGUGCCAUAAGUUGGUAAUGUCAGUGGGAUGUCGUUUUCAUCGUGUUGUUUUGGUAUCUGUUGCUAUCAACCUCAGCCAACAUCUGCUUGCAAAAGAAAUUUUAGACACCAAAAUAUUUCAAAAGUCCACUAUAUCCAUAAUGUAACUUUUCAAUAUGGUUACAACUUCUGUAGCUUUGCUUAGGCCACCAAAUCUAUGGCCGGAACUCCUGUAAAGUUUUGGCGACAGAAACCAAAGCUAAGAAAUUCAAUUUAUAAAUUUGCUUUCUAAAAUUCCUACCUGCAUUUAACGAUCUCAAUUCUACGGUCAAAUUACAUACAAAUUUCAUACAAUCGCUGACACAGCUUUGUAACAAAAUAUAUUAUAGUAAAGGUCAUAUCGUGUUGACAUGCUAGUAUUGCAACUAAAACCUGUGCAAAAAGAGUUUGAUAAUAACAUCAAAUUUGAAGGUCGAAUUUGGCCAUCCUCGUCUCCCCAUUAAAACAACGCUGACUUGCAACAGAGUGGCUUAUGAGAUUAGGAAGAAUGUAGUUUCAUGCAAAUUGUAUGGUAUUUUCCUAGGCUAAAUUUUUUGUUUUAUCACGGAAGGGGAAGCCGAAAUCGUAGCGUUAGGGAAAGACACGACCUUAUAUAGACUCAAGCUAACGGAGGAGUUCUAAGUUUUUUGCCAGGCAUUGUCGAAGCUGGAAAAAUAUUAAUAUAUUGUUUUAUUAAACAAUUCACAAUAGGUAACUGUUUUAAAAAGUAGUCUUGGACCUUUAACAGAGCUAGAAUGUUUGCGACAUAAAUGGUGUGCGACAAGGAUCGCAUCUCGUAAUCAAUAUUCCUUGGUAAAUGGCUACUAUUGCGAAAUGUAAUCAUGAAAUCGUGCUUUCUUGUGGGAUUUGAUGUUGCUUUUCAUUUCUUUCGUAA